CUGCUGUGGGGGCCGGCUUGGAGUGGGAUUCGACCCGCGGCGCUGACCGAGUGCUGGACCGACGGCUGUCGGGCACCCGGGCCUGCGCGCACUGCUGCUCCGGGUCGCCCCGGCCGAGGCGCUGGCCACGGUAGACCUCAGGGAGGGCUCGGGCUGCCGGGCCGGGCGCCAUGUCCAUGGAGGACCCCUUCUUUGUAGUGAAAGGAGAGGUACAGAAAGCAGUCAACACUGCCCAGGGAUUGUUCCAGAGAUGGACGGAGCUUCUGCAGGGCCCCUCCGCAGCAACGAGGGAAGAGAUCGACUGGACCACCAACGAGCUGAGGAACAAUCUCCGCAGCAUAGAGUGGGAUCUGGAGGACCUGGAUGAAACCAUCAGCAUAGUUGAAGCAAAUCCUAGAAAAUUCAACCUGGAUGCGACUGAAUUGAGCAUAAGAAAAGCCUUCAUCACAAGUACUCGGCAAAUUGUCAGGGACAUGAAGGAUCAGAUGUCAGCUUCAUCUGUGCAAGCGUUGGCAGAAAGGAAAAACAGACAGGCGCUACUAGGAGAUAGCAGCAGCCAGAAUUGGGAUGCUGGAGUGACGGAUCGAUAUGGGCGCCUUGAUCGGGAGCUGCAGCUGGCCAACUCCCAUUUCAUCGAGGAGCAGCAGGCACAGCAGCAGUUGAUUGUGGAACAGCAGGAUGAGCAGUUGGAGCUGGUCUCUGGCAGCAUCGGGGUGCUGAAGAACAUGUCCCAGCGCAUCGGAGGGGAGCUGGAGGAACAGGCAGUCAUGCUGGAUGAUUUCUCUCACGAGUUGGAGAGCACUCAGUCUCGACUGGACAACGUGAUGAAGAAACUUGCAAAAGUGUCUCACAUGACCAGUGAUCGGCGCCAGUGGUGUGCCAUAGCCAUCCUCUUCGCGGUCCUGCUGGUCGUGCUGACCCUCUUCCUAGUGCUGUGAUGGUGGUCGCCUUGGCGCUUCUGCACGAGGACCCAGGGAAGAGGAGCAGCAAGCACUCGGCCACUUACAUUCCUCUCCCAGAAACACACCUCCGCCCUGCUUCCUCUGUGACUCCGGCAUCGGGACAGCCUUCUCUCCCAGCGUUCAAAGGGCAGGCUUAGAAGAAGGAGGAGGUGACCACAUGCCCGGCUGGACAGCAGAAGCCCUUGGCUGCCCCAGGAAGCUGAGGACAGCAAGCCCCUGCUUUGCCUUACUGGACCUCGCUCCUUGAGGAAGGAAGGAAGGAAGGAAGGAAGGAAGGAAGGAAGGAAGGAAGGAAGGAAGGAAGGAAGGAAGGACUCCGAGUCAUCAGAAGAACUAACAGCCCCACUUACUCCGUUGCUCAUUCUGCUGGUCUCUGGCAGUCUUUCUUUCUACUCAGACCCUUUCCCUGCUUAGAUGGGUGCCACUCUCCCUUCAGAAGAGGCCUGGCAAGAAUGCGGGCGUCUAGGGUGUAUGUUUCCCAUUGCUGUUUGUUUCUUAGCCCGAGAGCUGGCUGCUGCUGAGGACAGAAGGCUCAGAAUCACUUCGUGACAGAAAUGCAGUGUUUCGUUUUGCUGGGUAAGAGCUGAGAUUAAAUUGCUUUUCCGGGUGUCUUUGUGGCAGGGAUAAGCAAUAGGAAAUAGUGAAAUCCCUGGGGAUUGGGGUGCAGAUGACAAAAGGCUUUAAAGGACUGGGGCAGUUGAGAACAGCAGCACCUGCGUUGGUCUAGCCUAUUGGAAGGGCUGGUGAUCUCUCUCAAGGCCUGGACAGAGCACCAACCUGGUCUGUCCCAGGGCUCUCUCUCCAGAGGUGCAGCUUGCAUACGUAGAGCCCUCAUACAGUGUGGAGCAGCAUACACCACUCGGCCAGGCGGGCAUGGCUUCUUCUCUGAUGCGUAUUCCGAUGGCUCUCAGACGAGGUCGAAGGGUCAGCACAGCUACCACAUCUGUGCAGAACCCGUUCUGACACAGAAAGCUGCUUCUGGGCCAGCGGUCCUUACUCCAUGAGUAAUAGGAUGGAGGUAAGAGAGCUUGUACUCCGUUCUCUAAGGUGACAACUUGACUUCAUCAUCCAUUGGAAUCACUGAGGGAGUCCAAAUUCACUGACAGAUGCUUCAUUGGGUUGAAGUAGCUGAAACUGCUGACACUCCACUUGGGGCUUUGGGCCUCAGAUGUGCAGAUGUAUGUGGGAUUUCUUAUACUGUCCCAAAUGCAUGGCCUGGUAUUGAAGUAGCUGUCAGGUCCAGAGCCAGCCUUUCACACUGGGGCUGCCGCUCAGUCUUCUGUGCAGGAAGAGCAGCGUCUGGACAGUUUGAUCUUUGACCUCUCUUGCUUUGCCUUUCUGUGCAUUCCUUAGCAUGCCAACUUUAAAAAGAGCCCUGGGUUGUUCAUAUGCCUUGGGAUUUCGACUUUUGGGCCUUUUUUGUUUGUUUAUUAUUUCCAAUGAUGUGCUUGCCCAGGUAACUUUUAAAUUGCACUUUUAAAUAAAUAUUUGUAACAAUUUUUAAAA